AAGUAGUCAGAGACACGGCUACGGAGCGCUAGGCUACGGGGUUGAUGUGUCCGCUGCUGUAGAAGGUGACCGUAUUUAGGUUGAAAUGGCUUCGUUCCGAGCCGCGAGGAGGAUGUUCUGCUCGACGGCCCAGACAGGAGCUACUCCGGGCCCAGUCAGCCGCUGGAAGAAGCUGAUAAACAGUAAAGCAGGUAUGUGGUGUCGCAGCUUGCUGUCUGACUACAGGGAAGCGUGCAGGGAGAUGGUCGUCGGUGCGUGGGAGCGGCCGCUCAAGACGUCGGUGUACGGCACUCUGCUGGGCGGGGCCUGGAUCUGCUUUCGCACAAAACCCGACCGCUCGUCGUUUGAGGCAGCCCUGCUGGAGCGCUCCAACCAGCUGGGUCUGCUGUCGCCGUGGAUCCGCAACGCCGCGUCCGACGGCCACGUGCAGAGCUUGAUGAAACUCCGUAACGAGGGCCGACUCCGCUGCGCCAGCCUGGGACUGCUAUGUUUGAUUUACCGGGUCGACUUCGACAAGGACGCCGCGCUGUACGAAGCCCGGUGCUCCACCCUGUCCACACCGUGGCGGGAGCUCCCCCGGCGGGUGCUCGACGUCGGCUUCACCGGCUGCUGGUGGAUCCUGGACUCAAAGAUGAAGGACUAUGAUGUUAACGAGGAGGAAUUCAAGUUCCUGCCGGCGUACAUGCAGGAAACCUCACCACCCAGUGCUGUGGAGGUGGAGACGAACGAGCGCUUACACAAAGCAUCCUGGUUACCGCUGACGGUGGAGGAGGAUGAGGAGGAAACCAAACCUGUAAAGAUGAAGAAGUAAAAAAAAAAAAAA